UGUGUACAUACGCACAAAACUAUCAUUCACUUUUGAAAGUCUUCAAAUUACGUAUACACCGAACAAUAGACAAUGAAUAGAAGGAUUACAAAGGAAAUGGAUUAUUCAAACGCUAGGAAUACGAAAUAAAUAUAAGGAGGUCGUGUAAAAAAAACUUCUUCAAUAAAUAUUCAUUAAUCCGAUAAAUAAUGAGACGUGAUUGUGAAUAACUACUUCGAUAUUAUCAAGUACAGUAGAAAUAAAAUCUCUUAUAAAUUUACCAAUUAUCUGAAGGUCACUGAACGAUUCGUAUGAACAAUUUUUUCUUUCUUUAUUUUUCGGCGACUGUUUACGGUGUAAUCAAAAUAAUCAAGGGAUCGACGAAUAAGUUGUAAAUAUAUUAUUCGAUGAACCGAAUCCAUUUAUCGCGACGUAUAAACAAGUGGUUCUUUCCUUUCUUUGAAGGUUCCCACGCUGGGAAUUAAUUAUAAACGUACGCGCGUGCGCUCUCUUUGACACUCACAAUAUCGACUGCCACAGAACGAGACCGAAAGUGUACUCUAUCAUAUCGUGACCAUCUUUGUUUGCCUCUCUCUCUCUCUCUCUCUCUCUCUCUCUCUCUCUCUUUCUCUUUUUCUCUCUCUUUCUGUUGCUCUCUUUCAUCUGCAAAGCCAUCUAAUCUCGCGAUGAUAAUAUGAAGAUACAAGGACGACCAUCAAUUACGAGAUACAUGGAGAAGAAACUAAACAUUUGUCUCUUCAUGCAGUUAUAGUUCGAUAGUCAUAUCACGCUCGAUUUCUUAUUGCAAAGAAGUGUGAUCAUUAAUUUCGAUCUGUCGAAGAUAGAGAUUGAAACAAGACCCGCGAGUAUCGAUAUGGUUUGCCAUCUUUCAAGAUAAUCGAAACAACUACGAAAGAUUUUUGAAAGAUACAUUGAGAAGACAUCGUAUAAACAAUGUUUAAAAGAGUUCGAUACCUUUUCGCAAUAAUGCUUUGCAUUGCGAACAUGAUCAUCUACGGUCUCAAGGUCAAUAUAGCAAUAGCUAUAGUUGGUAUGGUGAAACUUGAAAAAUCCGUAGCGUCAGACGAGUGUCCUGAAUUUGGAGAUGUAUCUGUAAAGCAAAUUACGGAUAUGGAAGGACCAUUUCAUUGGUCGACCACUCAGCAAGGACUUGUUAUUAGUAUAUAUUUCGCAGGAUAUCUCAUUGGAAUGUUUCCUUCAGGAUAUUUCGCCGAUCGAUUUAACACGAAGCUAGUGUUAUUGAUAUGUGUGUUAGCCAAUUCAAUUCUAACGAUCCUCGUGCCAAUUUGUGCAAGCAUUUUGUCACUUCUACUCUUCGUGAGAUUUUUUAUGGGUAUUAUGAGUGCUGCUAAUCUUCCAAUAGUGAACGUUCUGGUGGGAAAAUGGGUUGUUUACGAGGAAAAGAGUAUGUGGGUUGGGAUAAUCUACGCUGGAACAUCUCUAGGAACUGUCAUAUCGAUUCUGACAUCUGGCUUAAUCUUGAAAGAUCUAGGAUGGGAAGCUGUGUUUUAUAUUCAUGGCAUACUCCCAUUAUUGUGGUGUAUAGUUUUCUAUUGUUUUUUCGAGGAUUCUCCGGAAAAUCAAAAAUUCAUAACCGAAGAAGAAAGAACACUAUUAAUCACAACGUAUGGCCAUCGAACACCACAAUCAUCAAAAAUGAAGAUCCCUUGGAAAGCAAUCUUUACUUCUGUACCAUUCUGGGCACUUAUCUGGACCAAUACUCUCGGAAACUUUUGUUGGUAUUUCUUACUCACUCAAAUGCCACUUUACAUGAACAAAAUACUUCGAUAUGAUAUUCAAUCCAAUGCGAUGAUCACUUGUUCCCCAUAUUUAAUGAACGCCAUAGUUAAUCCGCUCCUUGGUAAAGCAUUAGAUGCAGGUAGAAAUAAAGGUAUCUGGUCGCAAACGACGGCAAGAAAAAUUGCUGUUUUCAUAAGUGCUGUUCCACCUGGUAUUUUUCUCAUAAUAAUUAUGUAUAGUGGAUGUCGUCGUAUAAUUGCGACGGUUUUAUUAGUUCUAAGUAUCGUUGUUUGUGGAGCUAUUUUCGUUGGUCAUCUUUGUAAUCAAAACGAUUUGGCACCGAAUUACGCCGGUAUUCUUAUGGGAAUAACGAAUACACCUGGAACAAUUUCAGCGUUCAUCUUACCAGCGUUGGUGGGCGCUUUAAUGGAAGAAGGACAUACGUUUGCACGCUGGAGAAUCGUUUUUUGGAUAACCGUCAUUGCUCAGUUUCUUGCCUUCUUAAUAUUUGUUACCUUCGGUUCCGCAAAAAUUCAACCAUGGAAUUAUCCAGAAUCAGGAGACACAAAUUUGGAACAGAUGGGAGAACGCCGGGAAAGGACUUAAAUGAAUUUUGUAUUUACGUCUGUUACUUAUGAAAAUCAUUGCAAACAAGGUCGAUAGAAUGAGAUAGAAUAUUUACAAAAAAUUUGACGCUGAUUUUAAAAAGUAUACGUGUAUACAUUUUAAUAUGUUUAUUUACAGAAAAGGAACGAUGAUUCUAUUUUUCUUUUUCUUCUUUUAUGUAAAAACAUAUAACCGCAAUUUUGCGAUUUUAAUAUAUGAUUCGAUCGAUAGAUCUUUUUAAUAUAUAUUUUUAAUAAAAAUUGUUAAUAUAUCGACCUUUCGAUGAUAUUUUCUAGAUAAGAUAUUCGAUUGAAAACAUUCUCUUGUUAUUAAUUUUAUUACAAUAUUGCUGCUUGUCGUUUGAAACAAUAUUUCAUACCACUGUACGUCGAUCUAUGUAAUGUUACAAUUUUUUUAUAAAUAUGAAAUCGUUUUAUUCAGAAAGAUUUUAACGUGUUUGUUUUAUUACGUAAAAAGAAACGAGGAAAAAGAAGAUAAAGAAAAACAAAAUAAACAGGAAGACAGAAGACAUAGAGGACAAAUUAGACGUCGACGAGUGUAGACGAGUGUAGACACAUUCCAAAAUCUGCUAGGAGUGUUACCGAAAGAUGCGAAAGAAUGAUAUGGCGAGUAUUUCGAAAAAGAGUAAAAGAGAAAGAGAGAGAGAGAGAGAGACCACCCAUAAUGACGAAAGACGGUGGCAAUUAGGUUGCACCACCUACAAAAAUCUCUUUUAUUCCAAUUAGAUCGUGCCAUAACCCAACCGACUCUGAGUGACGCCUCGUGUUCAUGGAAAAUACUUGUCGGGAUAAAGUGGAAAGGAGACAAGGAGAAGGUUGGCUCUUUUCUCGAAAGAAGAACCACGUCUCACGACGUGUGGAAUAUUUAUGGAGGCUGAAAUAUUACGUUUGUAAUCUAUUUCCAGCAUAUAGACGGCCUCGUCGACACGACUAACGUGGCAGCGUCGAGUCAUUUCCUCUUUCCUUUAUAUAUUACCUAGCUCUCUUAUUCUUCACGAGUCACGAAUUUUCGAAGGCUCUUAACAUUUGGAAAUUAACAAUUUUUUAACACGGACACUCUAUCGGAAAGAAAAAAGGAAAUGAAAAAAAGAUAAAUUUGAUGUCUUUUUUUUCUUUCAUGUUACCGCAAAAGAUCUAUAAAUUUUGUUCAUCCAUUAUGAAUUUCUUUAUAAAUCUUUUUUAUUUUCAUUGCCAUAAUCAAUCGUCUUGAAUAUGAUCAAGCAAGUUUAGUAUUUUUAUCUCAUAUAUUUAAUUAAAGAUUUUUCUUACAAAUUCAUUCAUUUAUAAUUAAUAUUUCUCGACGAAAUCGUCCAAGUCGGAAUACAAUUGUAUCGUUAUAAAUAAAAAAAAAAAAAAGAAGAGAAUUAUUAUAUCGUUAUAGAAGAGAGAAUUAUAUACUGUUGUUGAAUAAAUAACUAUGUUAAAGUAGAAUUUAAUAAAUCUCACAUAAUCUUAA